GAACGCAACACCAUCCAAGAAACAACCCAUCAGACACCCCAAGCUGAUUAAGAACUCUUCUUGGGAGAUGUAGCACAGUUUUUCAUCUUACUUUCUCCUAGAGGGAAAAAAGGGGGGUCAAUCGAAAAAAGGGGGUGGUGCAACUGAGAGUGAGAGAUCCUGUUACAGAGAUCCAGAGUUUUUCAUGGCAAGAUUUUUGGAAGUGGGGGGAGGGUGAAUUUACAACUUUCUCGGCCUGAUUCCUUUUUCAAACCCAACCCAAACGUUUCCAAACAACUGUAAAGGAGAGGAUAUUGGGUUGAUGGUGCGUUUUUUCAAGAGGUGGAAGCUUUUUGGAGCUGGUGGAUUUUGGAUUAUGAAGGAAUUUUGGGAAAUACAGCAAGGAUCGGACGAGAGGUGCAGGAUAAAAAAGUUUGGGAGGACAGCGAGAAAAGUUUGAAGGAGUUUUCCACCAUCAUGCUGCGUUUGGAAACAUACUUGAAAUCUCCUACGGAAAACCUGAUCUUUGACUUUUAUGUGAAACAGGAACACUUCAGUCUGUGAAUCCAAGUAAUCUCAUUUUUGCACCGCUGAAUCUCUCUCCCAAGAUGUCUUCCCAGGCUCGGAGGAGCCCCAUUGUUGGAUUUUACGGGAUGCUUUGCGUCUGGGCUGCCUGGCUCUCUGGUGCCAGGGCAGUUUUGUCUCCAAACGGGACAAUAUUUGAGGACAACUGCAAGAAAACUACAACUUGUGAAGCACUUAAAUACAACACAUGUUUGGGGUCGCCUUUACCUUAUACACAUACAUCACUGAUCCUGGCGGAGGACUCCAGCACCCAAGAAGAGGCUUUUGAGAAGUUGACCAUGUGGUCUGGUUAGUUUUAAUAAAUCCAGUUCAAGCCACUAUUAGGGAAAAGACUUCAUAUUUACAUGAAGUAGUGAAGCAAGGGUAGAGAUACAACGGAGCAGUUAUACAAAAAUAAAAGACUUAGUCAUACAUGUGAGCAUAACUGGUCAUUAAAAGUUUUGGUUAGUUAUCGUAAAUAACGAUAAAGCAAAUAAAUUACCGUAAAUAUUAUAGCAGAGUUGUGUUUUAGAGCGUAAAAUGGCCCAAUUAGUGUUAGCAUAACGGUUAAUUUAGCUAACCGUUGUUUGUAUUUGUUAAUGGACAAAUUUCACCGCUUAUAAACGACACAUACUUCGUCUAUCGCAUCAAAACACCAACAAAACAUGAUUUUUUCUUCGACCGUAAGCGUUUGUUAACUUUUUUUUUUGAACGUGAUAAUGUGACAACAGGCUACUAUAAAAUCAGGAGGUCGACAGGAGGAAGCCAUCGACCAGAACACUGUUAAGAGCCAUUAAAGGCAACAAAAGAGAUCACUCUUAGGUGGUAAAGAGCAGACAAUAGGGAAGUUUGAAUAAUAAGAGGUUUUUAGAUAUGCCUCAAGAGGUCUCUCACAUGUAAAAGAGGUCACUAAUGAUCUAUCAGACAGAGCUGCUCUGGACCAGCUCUCAUUCAAUGUUAAAUCAGUGUUUUAAGACUCAGUGUGGAAGUAACUCCUACUUUAUUUAAGUAUCUUAUGUGUAACAAUGAAGCUAAAUCUAUAAGAAAAAAGAUACAGUUAAUGCAUAAAUUAAUUUUUCUGUUAAACUUUCAGUGACUGAAAACUUAGUACAGCUUAAUAACAACAUAACCUCCAUAUCAAAACAUGAACCAGCUAUAGCAAUUAUCUUCAAAUCUCUGCAUAAGAAAAAAACAAUUACAUUAAAAAAUACCAAAGAAACAGCCAUCAUUUGAUUUCAGUCACUCUGUAGACCGUUUACUUUAUAAGUCUGUGAAAUUUGAUCACAUAAGAUGCUUCAUUUCUUCUGGAAAUGUAAUAUAGGUAGGGUAUAUAACAGAGAAGUUGGACAUUAUUCCAUUUCAAAACCCAAGUCAGCAAAAGAUUGUUGUUUUGGCUGUUUUCGUUUUGUUUGAACAUUUAGACCAAAAAAAUCAGUCAUUUAAAGCUAAAAUGUACCAUCCUCAGCUUAAGAAUUUGUAAAUUCCUAACCUGUUAAUUGUUCUUUUAUUGUCUUUUCAUAUUGUGUCUUUUUUAAGCCUUAACACUGUUAGUCUUAUUACUCAAAAAUUUCUGUAUUUAACUUUUUUUUGUUUUGCAAAGCGUCUUUGAGCACCUGUAAAAGUGUUAUAAAUAUUUUAUUUAUUAUGAUUAUUAUUAUUAUUAUUAUUAACUCUGUAUGCACUUUGUGGGAGCUUUUUGACUGAUGCUGAUUUAACUGGGCUUUUUUCUGUUUUAGGUUUGCGUAAUGCCCCUCGCUGUUGGUCAGUUAUCCAGCCUUUACUCUGUGCUGUCUACAUGCCCAAAUGUGAGAAUGGACGCGUAGAGCUGCCCAGUCAGAGUCUGUGUUUGGCUACACGUCGGCCCUGCAGCAUUGUGGACCAGGAGAGAGGCUGGCCCAACUUCCUCAAAUGUGACCAGUUCCCUGUGGGCUGCUCGGUACGCUCCCCUGUUAUGUAAUAAGCUGAUAUUACUGUAUGAUAUCCAGGCUGGCCUUUAAUGAAUCUCCUCUGUGUGCAGAAUGAGGUGCAGAAGCUGAAGUUUAACACAUCCGGACAGUGUGAAGCUCCUCUGGUGAAAACAGAUAUUCAGUCCAGCUGGUACAAAGAUGUGGAGGGCUGUGGCAUCCAAUGUGACAACCCUUUGUUCACUGAGGAGGAGCAUAAUGACAUGCAUGCCUACAUAGCUUACUUUGGCACCAUCACCCUUCUCUGCACCUUCUUCACACUGGUGAGUCAAAACUACAACACCCAGAAUUCUGUGUGCUGUUAUUUUACAAACAGUUUUAAUCAAUAGAACUGGUGUUAAUGUAUGGAAGGAGGCUUUUCUACCCUCUUAUGACUAUUACCCUGUCUUUAUUCCAGGCCACAUUUCUCGCUGACUGGAAGAACUCAAACCGGUACCCUGCGGUCAUCCUUUUCUACAUCAAUGCCUGUUUCUUUGUGGGCAGUAUCGGCUGGUUGGCUCAGUUCCUGGACGGAGCACGUGAAGAGAUUGUGUGCAAGAGUGACAACACCAUGAGACUCGGAGAGCCCUCGUAAGAAAAUAUGUCAAACUUAUCACCACUUGUUUUUGAAGAUGUCUUUAAAAGGGAAAAAUAACUUGUAAAAAGUUCACUACUUAUAGUAACCUAAAUACCUGAGCUAAACUUUUUCAUAUCAGCCUAUUUCAAUCAAAUAUCAAAGACUAAUCAAGCAGAAGGACAAUUUUAGCUAUGAAACUUGACCUUUGUCAUUGCAUGUGUUAAAGUAAGAAGCAGAGAAAUUCCCUGAAACCAAGAAGGAUGUAAUUUCUUUACUUAAAAUAACGUACACUGUACCUUUAACUUGAAAAUUGAAAACAUUCUUAUUAUGCUUUGUUUUUUUUACAGCUCUUCAGAGACCCUGUCUUGCGUCACCAUCUUCAUCAUCGUUUACUACUCCCUAAUGUCAGGCGUCAUCUGGUUUGUCAUGCUGACCUACGCCUGGCACACGUCCUUCAAAGCCCUCGGCACCACCCACCAGCCACUGUCCGGCAGAACCUCUUACUUCCACAUGGUCACCUGGUCCAUCCCAUUUGUCCUCACUGUGGCCAUCCUGGCUAUUGCGGAGGUCAGUCAGACACUCCAAACUUAAUUCCAGUUGUGCAAAAACACAAACUUUUUUAGCGUAGUGACAUUAUUGGGACUCUCAUUUUUUUUUUGUUAUUUGUGUUGUUUUGCUGCACAGGUGGAUGGAGACUCAGUGAGCGGGAUCUGUUUUGUAGGCUACAAAAACUACAGAUACCGUGCAGGCUUUGUGCUGGCUCCCAUUGGAGUGGUGCUUGUCGUCGGGGGUUAUUUCCUUAUUCGAGGUGAGGAACUUGAAACCUGUAGUGACACAUUGAAAGUAGCAGCAGAGACUGGUGAAUUUUUUUUACCCCAAACACCUGAAAAUCCCCCUUUGUUUUCUGUUUAAACCCUUCAAACCUUUGUGUGUAUCAACAACUGAUACAAUGUGUUUCUCUUCAGGUGUGAUGACUUUGUUUUCCAUUAAGAGUAACCACCCAGGACUACUAAGUGAGAAAGCAGCAAGCAAAAUCAAUGAGACCAUGUUGAGACUGGGUAUGCUAUCUCCUCUUUCACAGCUAUAGACUGUAUGUAUGAUAAACACACUCGCUUCAUUUUUGAUUGGAAGCAGACAUUAUGGAAAGUUUAGUGUCUCUAUGCUAGUGUUAAAUUUGCAUAUUUGCUCCCACUUUGCAAUGCAGCAGCAGCCUCAUUUGUCAACAUAGCUGUCUAUGAUGAUGUUACAACCCUUCUUUUUAGAAUCAAACACCAUUGGGUGCUUCUGGCUUAGCAGUUUAAGUGCAUGCCUCUUGUACGGAGGCCCUAUUCCUGCCUGUGUCCCCUUUCCUGUAUGUCACUCCCCACUUUUAUUCCCAGUUUUCUGCUUCGAUUAUCCCAUCUUCUCAAAUUAAAAAAAAUGCAAAACCUGAAGAAUAUUUAUAGAAAUAACUUAUCAAAACUGAAUCUCUCUGAAAAAUAAGCACAUAGAAACACCACUAUAGUGACUUGAAAGAAUAUAUAAGGUUUAAAAAUCAAAGCGCUCAUUAUUCAUGCUGAGAUUGAAGUUGUAGCUUGGAUUUGGGUGAAGAAGUGAGAGGUUUGAAGUGUUUGUGUCAUUGGGCAAACUAAAGAGAGUCAACACUUUUAAUGGAUUAUCAUUUUUGUCUGAAAUGAAAUGAACUUAGGAAAUGAACUUACAAUUAUAAGGCUAGUUGGAGUUUAUGUCUCUAGAGUAUGUCAUGAUUUCUUUUUGUUUCCCCCCUCCAGGUAUAUUUGGCUUCCUCGCUUUUGGCUUUGUCUUCAUCACCUUCGGCUGCCACUUUUACGACUUCUUCAACCAGGCUGAGUGGGAGAGGAGCUUCAGAGAAUAUGUGCUGUAUGUAUUUGACAACUUUGCACAUAAAUCUAAAGCAGUGUACUGAACUUUCUUCGAUCAAACACUCAACAAUGUUUGUUCCUACGCAGCUGAGUUUUACACCUGCCUGCACCAGAAUUAUUUAAUGGUGAACCAUCCACAUAAAAAUCCACAAAUUGAUGCUGCUGACGCUCCAAACCGCUGCUCAACCGCUCAGCACGCAGCGGUGAAAGCAACUCUAUUUCCCCACAGUGUUGACACUGGCUGGGCUGGAGUUAAAUUAGCCUCAAAAAUGUAAACUGCUCUCUCCUACCCUUACAUGUCAAAGACUUUUUAAUGCACCAGAUCUAGCGUCAGAGUGUACCACAGUCAGAAGAUGUGGGAGGAAUACAACAGGGACAUUUGACUGAGCAUCUCUUGGAUUUCUGUCAACAGGUGUGAAGCCAACGUGACGAUCGCCUCCCAGACCAACAAGCCGAUUCCAGAGUGCACGAUUAAGAACCGUCCCAGCCUGAUGGUGGAGAAGAUCAACCUGUUCUCCAUGUUUGGGACAGGCAUCGCUAUGAGUACCUGGGUCUGGACCAAGGCCACUAUCCUCAUCUGGAAACGGACCUGGUGCAGGUAGAAACAUAUCAAGUGAACGCUGAAAAUGAAAUGUGUAUCUUUGGCUGUACUUCUUUACAUUUAAAAAACAAGACCUUUUUUUAUUUUGUUGGUUUCUGUCCUUCAAUACUUGUUUCUCUCCUCAAUGACAAAUAUUUAAAGACUUUGUAGUUUCAGUCUCUUUUCCAUGUGUCCAGGCAUGCAGAAACCAAGCACAUUUCUCUGCUUCACAUAUUAAACUUUAAAAAUGUCACACUGAGUACCUCAAUAUAUAUGAAUCAAUCAAGUCCAAAUUCCAAUAUGUGUAACUUAGUUUGGUUUGAUAAUCUCUACUUUGAAAGAGUGCUCACAAGGACUCACUAUGACUUGGAUUUUAUGCCCAGGAAUUUUUUUUCUUCCAGCUACAAAAAAGAGAUUAAAUCUGCCUCUGAGAGUGAUUGUUUUGAGUUUUUUGACUCUCUAAUGAUCACGUGUCUGUUUCAGGAUCAUUGGCCGCAGUGACAAUGAGCCCAAGAGGAUCAAGAAGAGUAAAAUGAUAGCUAAGGCCUUUGCAAUGAGGAAAGAGCUGCACAAGGACCCGGAGAAGGAGCUGUCCUUCAGUAUGCACACUGUGUCCCAUGAUGGUCCUGUGGGUAAGUGCUUCAGUGGUAAUCAAAACUAUAUCAGAUCAUCUAAAAUUUAAAAUUAUAUUAAAGAAUAAAUCUGAGGUCAUGUUGAUCAUACUUAAAUUUGCAUGUGUUUAUUUGCAAAUUUAUUUGUUUUUGAAUGAAGAAUAAAAGAAGUCAUGCAGAGUGAUGUUUGAAUACUUCCACCCUGUGGUAUUUUAAUGUAACUGCACUACUUGUCUCAAGCUUAUGAAGCUUUUACAUUUGUGAUAAUUAAUACACAUUUUUUUUUGCAUAAAGCUACUUGUUUCACUCCCGUAGUAAAAGGUUAUUGCAGUUUAACAUGAAAAGUCUCGGCCCUUUAAGGACUGUAUACAUACUGAGGAUUUCCAGUUGGGGCAGACAGCCUUUUAUGUCCAUUUUAUUUGGAUCAGCGAUGGGUUUCUCCAAACCUUGGUACUUGAAGCGUCAAACUUUGGUCAUGUUAAAGAACAAAAGGUUUUAUAAUUUGGGCCGGCAGAUUCAGCUUUGUUGUGUUCAGGAUUUAAUGUCAAAAACUGCACGAUUUGUGCUUAUGAAAUGAUUUACUCUCUCUUUCAACCACAGCAUGUUAGUUUUUCUGUCAGAUUCAGCCUACGGGAUUUUCCGUGAGCCUUUUUUGUGGCACACAGACUGCACAGUCCAGAGACUCUUCUGUCUGUCUGUAUGAGUGAGGUUCCUGUGGCUGCUGUGCUUGUUUUUCUUGGAGUACAUCAAAAGUUGUUAUAGGUUGGAUUUAAAGCUAUCCUAAACUGACCUGUAAUUUGAGGAUUUGUGGUUUGUCCUUUUUUUUUAAAGCUGGAAUCAAUUUUGAACUGAAUGAGCCGUCCAACGACAUGUCAUCAGCAUGGGCGCAGCAUGUGACAAAGAUGGUGGCCAGGCGAGGUGCCAUCCUGCCUCAGGACAUUUCUGUUACUCCCACUGGUACACCAGGUGAGAGAGGGAGGCUUUGCCCAACUUAUCUCCUAUUUGUCUUUUUUUUUGUCCCUCUUAACUUUUGUUUUCUCCAAAGGACUCUUGUACAUCAUCUUAUUCUCUGUUGUUUCCUUCCAGUCCCUCCUCCAGAGGAGAGGAACCGGCUGUGGAUGGUUGAGGCUGAGAUAUCACCUGAGAUGAUUAAGAGAAAAAAGAAGAAGAAGAGGAGGAAGGAGGUGCGUCCAGUUGAGGAGAUGGUGGACCACCAGCCUUACCCUCAGCGUGAAUUUGGUCGCAGCUCAGUGCCUCGUCUCCCCAAACUGCCAAACCACCCGAGUCUGAUGGCUAACCUCCGGGAACAGCAGAAACUGGAGCAGGAAGUCCUCCCAGGGUCCUUCCCAGAUAUCCAGCCCUCCCUUGAGGAAAGGGGUCCCUACCCACAGUACCACAGAAGCUGGAAGGAGUAUGGUCGAGGCCCUUUAACCUACAAUGAUCGCCCAGAGGAUCUGGGUCUGGGUCCACGCUGCCUCCCCUCAGCGUCCACCUGGCAGCCCGGCGGUUCCUCCAGCUAUCUGAGGGAGGUGAAUCAUGCUGAGGGGCUUUCAGAGAGGAUGGCACAUGUGGCUCGGGUACCUGCAAGUCGAAGGACGGGCUACGGACCGGUUCACUCACGGACCAAUUUAAUGGAGGCGGAGCUCAUGGAUGCCGACUCUGACUUCUGAGCUCAAACAUUUAGCUUUGUGCUACACAGACAGUAAGCUACAAGAAGUGCUGGAUACUUAAAACUCUUCCUCAAGUGCACCGAGUCACAAACACCCAGAGGCAAAGAUGGAACUAAGCUGGUCAUGUUUUCUUAUUGUCUUUUUAUUAACUGAAACGUAAAGGGACAAAGUUAAAAAUAUUUUUAUACUUAUUUGUGUCCAAUAGAAUUUCAAAGGCAACUCUGAGGUGACAAGAUCGAGGCAGCUAAACUUUCUGGAGCUUGAAAGAAAAACAUUUUUAUUCCACAACCCUCAUGUGUUCAUCCGUCAAAUGAAUUAACUAAGUGAUGCCAUUUUUGAAUUUAUAGAUAUAGGCUGUUCAUAGAGUUCUCAAGAGUCAGUUUAGCUUUUACCUUUGACUGACAGCUUGCGUUAUGAGUAUUUGACCUGCUAAAGACAAUACAAUGUGAGCUAUACAGGAGAGUGAACAGGUCAAACUUAAACUAUUGUACAUUUUGUUGCUUCAAUGUCUCUUUUUGUGUCAUUCUAAAAUGUUUAAAGGCCUCCAUUUCUCCUUGUGGCUGUCACUUUUACUACAGUUAACUUGAGGUACCUGAGGCACAGUACACCAGAACCCCCACCAGUUUUAAAGAAGGAGUUUUCAACGUGUACAAACUAAAAUGGUUUUAGAUGUUUGACAAAAACAAUCCCUGUGCUGCAGAGGUAGGAUACAAGGCCAGCUUGCUUUUUCCAAUAUCACUGACUCAUAUGACUUCUUGUCAACACUAAAUGUUUGACAUGACAUUAGGAGACCAGAUGCUUCUGCAAGAACAAAUAAAGUGUAACUUUACAGGGUUAUUGGCUCCUAGGUGUGGAAAUGUGUUGCAUGACUGAAAAGUUAGUUGUAAACACAAAAUAACAAACAGGCUGAAUAAUUGUGUCUCAAAGCCUCACAUAAUUAGCUUCAGAUAUGAAACCAUUCACAGUGUGAAAUGCUUUCUUCGCCGUCAUUUGACGAUAUCUUAGUUUUUCUGGUACUAAAUCUUACUGACAGACUGAUGGGAACUAUUCAACGCCCUCUUUGCUGAUCUGUUUUACUCUUAAGUGUGCUCUGGUGCAUCUGAGUCACUCAGAAAUUAUAUCACCUGAUCAUAAAGUCCGCCUGUAAAUGACUGGGUCAGGAUAAAGGCUUGGCUAUUGUUCCUCAGCAGCAAAAAGACUCUGAGUCACUCUUCUGUCUUUCAGUUUACAAAAGCUGUGGCUGAAAACUGUGUAUUUGUAAAACCCUCUCUUGCCUGGUGCAAUGAAACAACAAUUUGCUCACUAUUGUCUUGAAAAGAAGACAAAAAAAAAAAGAAAUGUCCAUCCUCUGUUCUCAAUAAGUGUUUCUUGUGUGUGUCUGAACAAAGUUUCUUACUGUACAAUUAUCUUUAAAGUGUUAUUUUUUUACAGCAGUAUUUCUACUUUUGUUUAUCUGAUGUAAAUAUUCACUCUUUCACUGGCCCUCAUAUGUGCUCGCCGGCUGAAAUCUUUACUAUGACAUACUUUAGACUGCAGUGAACUUAGGAGUCACUUUUGACCUUGUUUUUUUAUGUCACAGUUUUUCUGCUUUUUCUCGUGUGUGUACCGUGUAUAUGUUGUUCAUAGAUUCCCCACUAGAGGCAUUAUUUGUACAGAUUUGUAUAUCAUUCACUCCAUUACUCUGCUGAUAAAAAUUAUAUAUAAAAAAGGAAGAGUCUACAGUUAUGAAAGGUUAUCACUGUAUUUGUGCUGUAACCAAAAUUUCAUCUAGCAUUGUUAAUUUACGCUCAGUAUGGAUCAACAGUGACUAUAGUGGACUGUGGUAGACACAUUAUAGGCCAAUGAGAACUAGUUUGAUGAUGUUUAUAAUAGAGAUUUAUUUAUAUGGUUAGCACAGCUCUACAAAUUCAACAAAACCUCCCACAAAGUUUAUUUAAAGAAAAUGUCAUUUAAAAAAAGAAAGAAAUGGAAGAUCAUGUUGAAGACUUUUUGAGUGUUAUGCCAUGGAAAUGUAAAAUAUCCUCUUUUGUAAGCUGUUAAAAGACAGUUGUUUCUUGUUAUGUUGAGUCCCCAGUGUUUCAAAAAAGUUUUACUGUCACCUUGACUGUGCAGCUGUACUUCUGUGUUUUUAUAUGUCAUUAAAGUAACCUUACACCUUU